ACAAAAUAGAGGUCCAUGCUGUUUGGCAGAUGUGGGUGUAUUCAAAUACAUGAGCCUGAGGCAAGGCUGUCUCCUCCCACAAUGUGCUAAUGAAUUGCACUUAGUCUGGGAGUCAGGACAUGAUCUGUCAGGAUGACCAUCUUGCCUAAUGCAUGCGGCUUGUACUCUGACGCGGCUUGUGUAUGUUCAAAAGAAGUUAAACACGUGAAAAUGGGUGGGUGCGGCUUGUAAUCGUGUGCGCUCUAUAGUCCAGAAAUUACGGUACUUUCUUCAAAGAUGUAAUUGUUGAUCACAGGGGACUGUAUAUCCUUCUGAUCAAAUUCUUAAUGUAAAAGCCAAUUAUAAACAAGGUCUUCAGCAUUUCAAAUUCAGGAUUGUAACUAACUUUCCAGCUUUGUUGAGGCCUUUGUUCCAAUGUCCAAUAACUUGAAAUCUUUCAUUGUGUUUAGCCCAUUGCUUUGCUUUUAGCUUCAUGGUAUAUCAUGCAUCUAUAAUGUUAGAUUUUCUAGAAUCAUAGAAAAUUGCAAAAAUUGGAAAGGAAAAAAUGUUUAUUUGAUUGAGUUCAUAAAGAUGAUUUCCAGGCAACAUAUUAAUUUUUACUGACAAACUUGUGUGUUGCUGCUACUGUAGGACACAACGGCUUUAAAGACAGAACACAGAUGAAAACAAAGGUUUUCUUAAUGCUAGUGAUGCAGCAUUGAUGAAUUAAAUGUUCUAUGAUUUAAUUUGCAUAGACACGUUUUUCAGAACAGUUUUCUUUGUUUGGAGGAGUAAGGCCACAUUUAUGUGUUCAGCUAACAUGAAAGUCUUUAGACCCUUUUAAUUCUGCUUUAAACAACUUUUUGUGUCUGUGCAGCAAAAAGCAGAACGUCUUUACUGCCAAUAGAAUGCAUUUUUACUCAGCUAAUGUGUGAUUUAAAGAUUAAUUACAUAAUGUUUAAGGUAUACUGUAUUCCAAUUAAAAUUAUUGAUGCAUUUUAAACCUGAUUUCAAUAUUUUUCUUCUGUCUUAACUACUACAAGCAGUUUUUCUGUUAAAAAAUAAAAAAAAAAAUGUUAAGAAAGAACGUGUGUGUUUUUGGUCAUCUUUAUAACUCAGACUUUGAAACUCUAAGGUCAUCUUCCAAUCACCGAUGUCCCAUGUGUCCUACCUUUUCCAGUUUCUUGUUCUGUUUUGCUUUUUCUAAUUUCAUUUUGAAAAAGUUGGAAAUUAUUUUUGUUUUUAAUUUUUAUUUUGUUUCAUUUUUGUAAUUGUGUUUUGCCUUCUGGUGUUUAAGUUUGUAUCUAACAUGUUGUUAUUUUAAUUAUUUGUUUUGCUUUUUAAUUGUUGCUGUGAUCUUAAAUGUGUUUUUGCAUUGAGGGAUUUGUUGGUGUGGUUUGGACUACAGGGCCACCGUAGGUUGACCACUUGAGGCAGCAGAGAUGACAGCAGAAAAAGGGCAAACGUUCACCUCUUCCUCUUUGUAGUUGGAUUGAAAGCUCAGGUAACUGAAGUGAAGUCAGUUCACCUGCAAACCAGGAGUUCGAUUCCUAAUCACUUCAAGGGAAACUUUUAGACAACAUAAAUGAGAGGUUGGAAAACUAAUUAAAACUUUAAAAGUAAGGCCAAUAACACUCAGUUAAACCUUUUUUACGUUUGUUUGGAAGUUGUUUUUUCUUUUUUCACUAGUUGUUCAUUAGUACAAUAACUCUUUUUUUAGGUUUGCUUUUGAAAAAUCUCUCUUUUAUAGAAAACUGUUCCUUACUGAUUUUUCCUGUGAACUUUUUUUCAGACAGUCUUUUAAGUUGAAAAUCUUCCACUUUCUCUCACUAAACAUUAAUAAAAUAACAAGAAACUUUUUUUUCAGUACUGUAGACCCGUGCAGCUUUAAUAUGUAUUGUAGAAGAUUAGACACUAGAGGGAAUUUAAAGGAGAUCUUUUUCUCUAAAUCACUUGUGCUUUCCAAAGGACUCCCUUUCAAUGACACCCGUGACUCCCCCUGUAGCUUCAUUUGCAUGUAAAUGCACGUGUGUGCUGCAGCGGUAUCAUCUUGUCGGGGGGCAUUUGUGUGCGAGCAGCCGUGCAUAAACGGCUCCACUAAUGUGGAAGCAGAGGCCAGACGUCAUGGAUCAAGAGGGAACACAGAAACAAAGUCAGAGAAGCUCAAAGGUUCAUGCAAGAGGACGCUCAGAGGCACAACCACUGGUCUGCCUGAAGGGUGGACACUAACGCCUCAUCACAUAUCAUUACCUAAGAUGUCGUGGUGUUCGUCUCUCCGAGGCUCAAAGUUUCGUCACGUCUUCGGGAAAGCUGCCACCAGGGAGCACAGCUACGACGGGGUGCCAAUCACACACAGCGUCCACGACAACCACUACUGCUCAGCCAAUCCGUGCUUCAUCGCCGUGGUGACAGAGUGCACAGCGGGAGGGUGUUUUUUAGUCCUGCCAAUCCAUCACACGGGCAGAGUAGUUCCUCAGCACCCCAGGGUGUGUGGCCACAGAGGAAGAGUUCUGGACAUCAAGUGGAACCCGUUUGAUGAUUACAGCAUCGCCUCGUGCUCAGAGGACUGCACCGUAAAGAUCUGGGAUAUUCCGGCUUUUGGUCUCCAGCAGAACCUCACCAAAGCCAGGAAGACCCUGGUCGCUCACUCCAGGAGGGUGGCCAUCAUCGAAUGGCACCCAACCGCUGAGAAUCUACUGCUUAGCUCCGCCUACGACUACAAGGUUCUUCUCUGGGAUAUCUCUCAGGCUGGCGCAGUUAUUCUGCAUCCAGUCCGGGUCAUCCUGAUGCCCGUCCACCACCGAUACCCCUCUGAAGCCCUGCUGCUGUCCGUCAGCUUCAACAGUGAUGGCAGCAGACUGGCGGUCACGUCCAAGGACAGACGAGUUCGAGUCCUGGAUCCGCGGGCGGGAAAGAUUCUCCAGGUGCUGGAAUCUGAGGAGUGUUUGUUUCUGUGUUUGUCCUCUUGGGGGAGCUGUUCUGCAGACGUUUCUGCCUCUGCAGGUGUCCAGCUGGAAGUCCCACCGCGCCAACAAGGUUUUGUACAUCAACGGGUUGAAGAUGCUCCUGUCCACGGGGAGUUCCUCAUGGAGGCACAGACAGAUGGUCCUCUGGGAUGCAGAGGAUUUAUCAGAGCCUUUAUACGAGGAAGAUCUAGACGGAUCUGCAGGAGUCCUCUUCCCUUUCUACGACCCAGACACACACAUGCUCUACCUGGCUGGAAAGGUCACUGCAACCAUGUCUACACUUUCUCUGCACACAUUACGUUUAUUUGUCAAAGACUGUACCUGCAAAGGGAAUGGGGUGAAAGACGUUCAUGGCUGAAAGUGAGCAGUUUUUCUCUGGUCUUUGUCUGUGUUCAGGGAGACGGGAACAUCCGCUUCUAUGAGCUGAGCGCAGAGAAACCCUUCAUCAGCUUCCUGAACGAGUACCGAUCCGUGCUGCCGCAGAAAGGCCUGGGAGUGAUGCCCAAACGCGGCCUGGACGUGAUGGGGUGCGAGGUCUUCCGGUUCUACCGACUGAUUGCUGUUAAAGACCUGGUGGGGCCACUGUCCAUGAUCGUGCCACGAAAAAAGUCAGAGGUUUUCCAGGAGGAUCUUUACCCGCCGACGGCUGGAAACCAUGCGGCUGUGACGGCAAGGGAGUGGCUCCUGGGGAUCAACAGGGAUCCAGUGUUGAUGUCCCUCAAUCCUGAGAUCAAACCAGAAAACCCUUACGCGGAGGUCUCCUCCGCCAACGGUCGUCUGAGGCCGAUUGCGUUCAUGUUGGCUCCGCCUGCUGCUGUUGAGACUGGAGACCAGGACAUCAUAGAGCUGGCCUUCCUGGAGGAGCAGCUGUCCUACCAGGACGCCAAAUACCCCGAAGACGACCUGUCAGAGUGGCAGCCGGACGGGACGCAGCUCCCUCUGUGGACGCACUGCUGCGAGCCCCUGGAGACCCCCCCACCGCCAAGCGACCAGGAGCUCUUGCAGGCGUUCUACAGGCAGCAGGACCGGAUCAGAGAGCUGAGGAUGGAGUUGACCCAGAAGGAGGUGGCGGCACCACCAGAACCAGAACCAGAGGUCCACCGGCAGGUGAUCCUGCUUCCCCUGUAUCCAGCUCAAUCAGGUGUUUCUGUCUGCAGGUGAGAAUUCUUCAGCUGGAACUGGAGAUCAAGAACUACAGGAACCACAUGAGGGCCAACUUCUGACUGAGCUGCUGCUGGUCUGUGGACCUGGAGGAACCGAGUCUUCUCACAUCUGUGUCUCCACCGUUUGCAGUGAAGCAGAAAUAAACAGCAGAACUCUGGGGACCGCCUUCCUACUGUUUGUUCAUGAACAGGUGGCUCCGCCCUCUAAUCGGCGAGCUCCUCCGUGAGAAGAACAUGGAGAUCAUGCUGAAGGCUCCUGAAGUUUGACUCCUUGGGGAUUUAAGUCCACAUUCACCAACGGGAGUCUGCUCCACAUUCGUGGCGGGUUUCCAUGACGACCCCCAUCCUCAGGAAAACCUGUCAUUGUUGUAGCGUUACAGCUGACAAACAUUAUUAAAUCCUCCAUCAGCAUCGCCUGGAUUUAAGGGAAAGCCCAAAAAAAACUAGAAGCAGGGGCGGAGCCUAAAUGUAUGACUGUAUGAGAACUGGAGUGAGUGCGGCGUCACCCACAGAUACCGGCUCCAACCAAAUGAAGUCAAUUCAGGUACCAUUUUUUUGCGAUCAGAUAGCGCCAUGUUGGAGCCAGAAAUCAUCAAUAAACAGCGAUCGGUCCGAGUUCAGUGGAGUCCACAUUUCCACGGUAAACACUCUCGCCAAUGAAAAGCUAGCUUUUUGAAAGGCCAACAGACUCCGCCUACUUUUACUAAGGUGUCUAAUUGGUCAGUUUGUAUUAUAACAUGAGCUGCAAAAAAAAGAGAAAUAUCCAGAAAUAAACCAAUCAUUCAAUCAACAAACGAGACAAUAAAAGAUCUGUUUAGCAACUCGACAGACAUAAACAACAAACAUCUGCUAAUGUGUUGCCAUAUUUCAGUGUUGAGUAAAAAAACACACGGGCCUUGAACGCAUCAUCACACCUGACUGUGUAAAGAAGCAGAGACCAGCGAAGCAAAAUGUUAAGAUUUUAUUUACAAAGUCCUUUUUCGCAUGUUUUUAUUUAACUUACAGAAAGUAAAAAAAAAAAAAAAAAAACAA